AUGACGCUGGCCUAUUUACCGCUCAGGGCGCGUUCCAAGCCCAUUCAAUUGCCACAGCGCUAUAUGCAGCAGUUGGUCAAUGCCGCCUGGCAAUUGGCAUUGCGCUUCGGUCGACGCACCACUAUACAUGGCUUGGAUAGACUUUUGGGCGCACGUGCCAGUCGCUGGGAGCGCUUCGUGUGGCUCUGCACAUUCCUUUGCGCCUUUCUGGGUGCGGUCUAUGUGUGUCUUAUACUCUCGCGUCGCUACAACGAGGGAAACUUCCAAACAGUGGUGGACAGCACGCGUUAUCCAGUCUAUCGCAUACCCUUUCCGGUCAUCACCAUCUGCAACCGCAAUCGUCUCAAUUGGGAGCGCUUGGAGCUGGCCAAGACUCGCUUCAUGGCCAAUGUUAGCGAUGCCUUGCAGCUGCAGUUGUUUGAGCGCAUUAUUGGCAGCUACAAUGGCAUGUCCUUUGCCAAGUUUAGUGCCUUCGAAAGUUUGCGUGAUGAGCCAACAGCGCAGCUGAAUCACAUUAACUUUAGUUUGGUGGUUGACUUCAUGACCUGGCGCUGCGAGGAGCUACUAGCCAACUGCAAGUGGCGUCGUCAUGUGCUCAACUGCUGCGAGAUCUUCUCCAAGCGACGCAGCAAAAAUGGACUCUGCUGGGCAUUCAAUACGCUGGAAACAGCAGAGGGCAAACGCAUGCAGCUGCUUGAUCCCAUGUGGCCAUGGCGCACUGGCUCCGCUGGACCCAUGAGCGCAUUGCAAGUUCGCGUGCUUCUCCAGCCGAAUAAACAACAUCCGGGCAGCAGCAUUGAACAGGGUAUAGAGGUUAUGGUAACGGAGCCCUACGUCUGGCACAAGGAUCCAUUUUUUAUACCAGCCAACACGCAGACUAUUCUAGAAAUGGAACCAACUAUUUACUUCUAUGACAAUGACACCCGUGCUGUAGGCUCCGAUCAACGCCAAUGUGUGUUUGAUAAUGAGCAUGGUAGUCGUGAUUUCAAAUCAUUGCUGGGCUACAUUUAUAUGAUUGAAAAUUGCCAAUCAGAGUGUCAUCAGGAGUACUUAGUGCGCUUCUGCAAUUGCACCAUGGAUUUGCUAUUCCCGCCAGGACAAUAUCGUUCCUGUCGUUCACAGGAUCUGGCAUGUCUAGCAACUCACAAUGAUAAGUUGCUGCAUUCGUAUCAGCCAGGCGAGGAGCGUUAUGUGCGCAGCAAUUCGGAGGGCAUGGUCUGUAAAUGUUUCCGCAAUUGUUACUCUCUCAACUAUUUGAAUGAUGUGCGUCCUUCGUUUUUGCCAGCGGAGAGUUUGGGCAAUUCAUCAUUUGUGGAUUUGGAUGUGCAUUUUCGCUUUGAAACUUUGAUGGUCUAUCGCACUAGCUUGGUUUUUGGUUGGGUGGAUUUAAUGGUUAGUUUCGGCGGCAUUGCGGGUCUCUUUCUCGGCUGCUCGCUCAUCAGCGGCAUGGAGCUAGCUUACUUCCUCUGCAUUGAGGUGCCCGCCUUCUGUGUCGACGAAAUGCGUCAACGUUGGCGUCUGCGUGCCACACGACGUAUGGAUACCGUAGACGCUACGCCCACAUUACACAUACGCUCAAAUAUGAGCAAUCGGCUGGAACAAUAUAUCAUGCAGUUAAAGAUGGAGCAGGCGGAUAACGCACAAGCAAAAUCUACGCCCGCUUUCCAAAAAUGGCAGCGUCAAACGUUCGCCCAUAAGCAUUUAAUUAACAAAUAA